GCGAGCUUGAAUGGAAAAGGCGGCUGUGUCCACACCGACCGCGGAGGUCUCGACAAUACCGCGAACCGGCUCACCGGCACGUAGCUGCGUGCCUCCAUUUGUGGUUUGAUGGUCCCACCGGCCAGGCUCGUCUCACUCGAAGGCGGUUCUGCUUUGCGAGUACGGACGACUACGAUGUGCCGCCGCUUUGUUAAGUGUCUAUGGACACCGUUGUUGUUCGCCACUUUGUGCGCGGCGCAGAACCUGGUUUCUAUGGAAGAAUGUGCGCGAGGCAAUGGCGUUCCCGGAUUCGAGAACUUCACCAUCUAUCCCUGCGACAGUGACCCAUGCGUGAUCAAGAGGGGUGAAACCUACAACGUCACCUUCUUCGCUGAAGCCACCGCAAACACGAAUGUCGUCAUGCUGAGCACCAGCGUCCACCAGCAGUCCAACGCCACCCUGGUCCAGGUUGGUCAGACGGUCAGCUGCCACUUCCGGGACUUCCCCUGCAACGUGACCAAGGGAGAGCUUUUCCGUGGAAGUUACAACUUCGGCCUCAGCUUCGGCACUUUCGCUCCUGAGGAGCUUAUGUAUUGGGUCCAAGUCGGCACCUACAAGGCUAUGUUCGCGUGCGGCCGGGCCAAGCUGAUCGUCGAGUGACGAAGUCAUGUGCUAUGCUUCUCCUGUGUUGCUUUUACGGAUUUACAACGUAUUAUUAUUAUUAUUAUUAUUAUUAUUAUUAUUAUUAUUAUUAUUAUUAUUCUAAAGUCGUUCCCGCUACUGGAUAAUGUUAAAAUACACAUUCUUUCUGCCAAUUACCCAUACCAAUCGAAGCCUCGGUUGAAGCCUGCAUUGCAAUAAAGACCUCUUUCGUAG